AUCACAUCGCAUCGCAUCGCAUCGCAUCGCGGCACGGCACGGUGCGACUCCACGACUGACACGGCCACGUCCACGGAUACGUCCGAUCUGUCAAAAUGUAGAGAGAAUCACUCUCAGGCAGAGCGGCAGCAUCAGCGUGUCUCGAUCUCGCCGAGAGUCGAUCGCGCCGAGGGAGCGAACAUGUCAUUGGAUUUCCGCGAAUGAACUCGGACCGACGAGACGUGGACGAGCCAGCACGACACGAGCCUAAAGAGAAUCUUGGAAUCCCCCAGCCGUGAUCUCGCAGAGAAGCGGACGGAGGGACACGAAGGGACCGAACGGCACGCACGGUUGCACAUGUGAUCCCUCCCCCCCGAGUGGCCGACCCCAUUUGGCAGACGCGAUGAAGAAGUUCACGAUCAAGGGUGUACUCGACGGGUUCCGGUCGUCGGUCCCGCAGCCCGCCAAGCCCGACCAGGAGAUCGUCGAGAACCUCAGGCCGGAGCAUUUUCAAGUUAAGAAGACAUUCAGACACGGCUUCCCGCAUCAGCCGACAGCGUUGGCAUUCGACCCAGUUCAAAGGCUCCUAGCUAUUGGCACUAAAUCAGGAUCCCUCAGGAUUUUGGGUAGACCGGGCGUGGACGCACACGUUAAACACGAGGGAGGUGCGACUGUACUGCAAUUGCAAUUUCUGAUCAACGAAGGAGCGUUGGUGUCCGCCACGAACGACGACACCUUGCAUUUAUGGAACUUCCGUCAGAAGAUACCGCAGGUGGUACAUAGUCUCAAGUUUCAGAAAGACAGAAUCACUUGCAUUCAUUUACCGCUACAAAGUAAAUGGUUGUACAUCGGGACCGAGCGAGGAAACAUUCACGUACUGCACAUUGAAACGUUCGUUUUAUCCGGAUAUGUAAUUAAUUGGAACAAGGCCAUCGAAGUAUCUAGAAAGACUCACCCUGGUGCUGUAGUACACUUGAGUGAUAAUCCUUUAGAUUUGAGCAAGAUGCUUAUAGGAUAUUCGACAGGACAAAUUGUUUUGUGGGAUUUAAAAACCAAGAUUGCUGACUAUAGAUGUCAAACGGAUGAGCCAUUAACAUCGAUAACAUGGCAUCAUGAAGGUAAACAAUUUAUGUGCAGUCAUUCGGAUGGUUCUCUUUCGACUUGGACUGUUCGGCAAUUAAAGCCAGCAAGUGUAACAUAUCCACAUGCAAAAUUCACCAAAGAUGGAGAACCCGAACGUUGCAAAUCUAUUCAGAAAGUAGAAUGGAAAUUAUCGAGAUCAGGGGAAGCAUACGUGAUAUUUUCUGGUGGAUUGGCACAAGAUACCACUGGGAGGACACCCAGCAUUACAGUGAUACAUGGAAAAACUACUACGGUGCUCGAAAUGGAACAUAAUGUUAUAGACUUUAUAGUGCUAUGUGAUAGUCCAUGGGCUAGUGAUUUUCAAGAUCCUUACGCUGUUGUUGUUCUACUACAAAACGAUCUGGUUGUGAUAGAUUUGUUAACUAUUGGAUUCCCUUGUUUUGAGAAUCCAUAUCCUAUGGAUAUUCACGAAUCUCCUGUGACGUGUUGUGCAUAUUUCGCGGAUUGUCCUUCGGAUCUAGUACCUGCAUUUUAUUCCGUUGGAUCCAAGUCACAGAAGAAAACUGGUUUUAGCGAGAAAGAAUGGCCUAUUUCCGGUGGCGAAUGGAGUUCCAGUUCUAGCAGUUAUAAUGAGAUUAUUCUCACUGGACAUGCUGAUGGCAGUAUAAAGUUUUGGGACGCUUCAGCAGGAACAUUACAAGUCCUUUAUAAACUAAAGACGGCAAAACUUUUCGAAAAAACUAAAACGCGUAGUAUAGAUUCUGAGGAAGAUCCGUUAGCGAUUCAACUUAUCUUCCUUUGUCCUGAAAGUCGGAAAUUAGCUAUUGCAGGAAGCGGCAAGCACGUCGUAUUGUUCAAAUUUAAGAAAGUUGAGAGUAUGUCUGAAGUAGUGACUUUGGAAAUAUGCUUAUCAGUGGAUCCAGGAAGAGAAGGGGACAACUCACCGGAUCGUGAAUCUCCGGCUAACGUGGGAAAUGUGGAAUCAAAGAUUACAGAAUUCAAUCAUCCACUCAAAGUCAAGACAGGUCUGCAGAAAAGGACAGCCGGUUUUCAAGCAACAUUGAUUUGUUUGACAACGGCACCUCCCGGAGAACAACCCGAAAAUAUAACGUCCCUUAGCUUAAAUUCUUCAUAUGGCCUAUUGGCCUAUGGAAACGAGUCGGGAUUAGUGAUAGUGGACAUCGUUCAGAAGAUCUCUUUAAUCGUAUUAAAUACUAGUGAUCUUGGAGGUGGAUCCGAUCCUUAUCAACGCGUCUUACGAAGUCCCAAACGGCAGGACGAAUUAAAACGAGAAACUGAAGACAAGGCAAGAAGUCCAAGUACAGACCAGCUAACUAUGUGUCUACCAUUGAAGCAAAGUCAGCGAGAAUCCGCGACGGAAUCCGAGCCAGUAGUUGCAAGGAUAACGGAUUCGGCUCAACAAGUACAGCAACAGCAACAGUGUCCUCGCAAUGAGAGUCAGACCGGAAACAGUAGCGAUAAACCGGGCGCAGAGGAAACCACGAACGAAUCCAAUAAAGCGGGUAACGUUCCUAACGGCGACGAGUGUCAGAAAAGUCAAGGCUGGAAGGGAUUUAGUCUCAAGAGACAACUGAGCAAGGUUGAUCUGAAGAUUAAAAAUACUUUUACACCGUCCUCGGUGUCUUCUCAGAACGGGAGCUCGUCGUCGGGGCUCAUGCAAGUACCCCAAUGCCAGCAGAUAGGCAGCGAGACUGGCAGUCAAAAGUCUUCCACGUUUUACUGCAAUAUCAACGAAGCGGCCAGCACGAGUCGUUCGCUAUCACCGGUCGAAAGUGUUGACUCUCAGUCCUCAUUGUCGCCGGAGAGUCAAUCCCCGGGACACGAGAGUCCCCAGACCGAUGACAGGAAGCAAGAGAUCCCAGCAGAGGCUAGAGGCCCGACAGAAAAUGAGAGUGAAAAAACGAUAACGAGCAAUGACAAUAUCGGUGCAAAAACCGAGGCGGUAAGACCGAUGAAUCUGCCUUUGCCAGAGCACGAGUUAAAACCGCCAAGGCUGAAAUAUAUCGCCAAGAUCAAACAAGCAAAGAGAGAGGGCCGCUUGCUCUCGGUGCCGAAUUUGAAAUUUUCCAAGAACGAGACGACCGUUUGUGACCUAAGAUGCGAGGAGAGUGCUACCUCCGAAUCAUUCACCCACAAUCUUAUAAGAAGAUUCAGUCGAAUAGACAAAUUCGACGGUUCCUUCCAACGAUCAAGGAGCUCGAGUAUGUCAUCCCUCGAAAAUAUCACUACAGAAACCAUAAGCUGCCUUACAUUUGCGGAUUCUUAUACGAAAAAAAACGAUACAAACGGUAUGCCGACGUUAUGGAUUGGUACGUCUCUGGGAUCUGUACAGACUGUAGUAUUCAAUACGCCUGCUCACAGCGAACGUCAUGCUCAUCCAGUGGUUGUGUCUACUUGUAAUGGAUCUACUUUCAAACUCAAGGGUUGUAUCCUAUCCAUGUCGUUCUUAGAUUGUAACGGCGCUCUGAUCCCAUAUUUAUUCGAGUCCUGGAAAGAUGAGAAUACGGAUGGCAAAGAACGCAACAAGAAUCAAGGAAAAUGUACAAACAGCCGAAUGUCACCGUCGACGAACACGCAAGUCAGCGGGGACAGCUUCGAAGACAGACAAUUUGUCGUGCUUGCGUCAGAGAAGCAAGCGAGAGUUGUGGCAUUACCCUCCCAGAACUGUGUAUAUAGGCAACAACUGGCGGAGACUCAUAUCGUAAUUAAGGCAGAAAUUACAUCACUCAAAGAUAACGUCUGCCUGGUAUGUUACGUUUCAAACGGUCACAUCACAACGUAUAGUUUGCCCAGCCUGAGACCACUGAUAGAUGUCGAUUUUCUACCUCUCACAGAUUUGAGUUUUCAGACCACAAAACACGGCAUUGUAGACCCCAUGUUGACCAUAUGGGGUCAUCAACUCUUUGUUAAUGGCGAUACCGAUCAGAUCGCAAAGACGCUUUGCUUCAGCAAUCGAGGUCAUGGUUUAUAUCUCACAUCACCGAUGGAAAUACAGAAGUUCUCCGUUUCGAGUGAAUUUUGCGGUGAAUUGACAGAGAUGAUGGGUGAUUUGUUCAUCGGCCAUGAUAUGCCAGAACCGCCUAAAGAAAGUUUCUUCAAAGGUUUAUUUGGUGGUGGUUCGAGGAGUCUCGAUCGAGAAGAGCUGUUCGGUGAAUCUAGCGGUCGUGCGUCGCGCUCAGUGGCGAAACAUAUUCCUGGACCAAACGAAGCUAUCCGAGAGCGGGUCUCUUCCGCAACAGGCGAGGUAAAUAUGGCACACCAGAUGGUCGUGGAGCGCGGUGAAAAACUGUCACAGCUCGAAGAACGGAGCGCGCGCAUGAUGUCGGAAGCCGAGAACUUUUCGCAGGGCGCUCACGGACUGAUGCUCAAGUACAAAGACAAGAAAUGGUAUCAGCUAUGAGAACGCAAUUCAGCUCGAGUCCAAUGGGACGACGCACGUUUCUUUAGUUAUGUAGCAUUCGUGUUUCAUCUAUGAGUUUUGUCGUAUUAAGAAACUAAAAAGCUAGCUAUAUUACGAUCCUCACACACGCACACAUGGGAAACAUUUACACGAAGGGAGAGAGAUAAAGCGGAUAAAAAAUGCGAUCACCUGUGCGAUGUGCAUGGUACACACGCACAUUUUGUCAAACGCGAGAUAAACGCGAAAAUAAAAAAAAAUAUAUAUAUAAAUAUUUCAAAGCGGAUAAGUAUGGCGGUGAUCUCUCAAAUGUAUAAUUGUAAAUCUUUGCGUACGGAUGAAUAAAAGAGGAAUGUCGGCGAGGUAGAGGCCGCGGCUACGCCGUGAUACAUUUGCGCGGAUGUGACAUGUACGUAUUAGUUAUUUAAAAUAUAAAGUACUUAUACGCAAAGAAACGCGAAACAGAAAAUAUACGCGAGUCAAUAUAAGCAAUUAUGUAAUAAUUCGCCUUUUAAUCGGUGGCACUCGUUAAUUCAUUCGGACGUCCUGUGAACGUGUUUAAUGGCGCCUUGCCUUGUUUGCUUCUCAGCAAAGAAUUGCCAAUAAGUAUUUAUGAAUGUCACAUUGUUGCAGAAUUUAAGCACUUUUGUGUAGAUGGAAAUGAAUGAAACACUAAGAAUCGCAUUGGUUAUGAAUUAAAAAUAGUACUUAUACAUAUAUUACAUGAGUUCUCCUAUAUUAGAUUAAUAUUAUAUAUAUGUGUUAUGUAAGAAAAUAUAUAUUAUUGAAACAAGAUAAUACGCAUGGCUACUCAUAUAUUAACAAUGCCAUUGAAACUUGCAACGUAAAACAUUCUAGAGAAGAGUUGUUAUUGACUAAUAAUUCUUAUUCCGCGAUGUAAAUUUUAUAAUCGUGUAUACGUUAUAAGCUGACUUAUAUUUAAGUAUAUUUAUCGUUAUACGAUCGUAGAGACUUUCAUAAAUAUGCGUUAAGAAAUAAAACGAAUGACCAGAGCGAUUCUUAAGAUUCUUAAGUCUAUCGAGUUACACGAGAUGCAAAUGAGAAAUUUGUUAAGCUCGACAGAAACGAUAUUGUGGAUAUUUUACGAAAGUUAUGAAUGCAGGCAAGACGGCACAGCGACACUAUUCCGAAUGUAUUGACAAUAAACGUAGUUAAUUACUCGGUGAGAAAGAGGAUAUUGGAUAAAAGUUGAAUGCGAUGAAAUAUAUUUUAUCCAGAAUGGCGGGUGUUGCGCAGGCCGCAAAAGCUGCUAUACUCGCCACGCUGAUAAGAAUGUAUUAGCUGUUAUCGAUUGUAGUUAUCGCUAGACGUGCUAUGUAUAUAUAAAGAGAUGAAUACAAGUAGGACAGAUUUCGCGUUAUAAAGCUGUUUAUAUAACAAUGUAUUAUGAGUUACGCUAUUUCAACGCCGACGAUAAGUUCAAUUGGAUUUACGACAUGUCUAACGUGAUGUGACAUGAAUUAGCUAAUGUAAUCUUAGCACUACACAUAGUUUAGAUUAAUUAAAGACAAUAUAUAACAUAUAAAAUAUACAUAUAUAAGUAACCAGAUAUGUAUAUGCGUAUAUACAAGUAAACGAGUGAAUAUAUACAUAUAUAUCUGGUCAAAUGUAUAUGUAUGUUUAUAUAUAUAUGUAUGCGAUAAAUUCGUUUGAAUUUAUCGGGGCUCUGAAUUGUCGUACUGCUUCCAUAGCAAUAACUGUAUAGUUGAUGUUAAUGGUACUAAUCACUCGUAUACUUAAUAAUGUGCCCGCAGAAGAUUACUUAGAACGCAUUUUUCGAAUUCGAGCUCAUGAUAUAAUUUCCCUUUGGACAAUAUACACAUAUAGAAAAUCCGUUGUUCCAUUACACACUCUUAUCACGGGAUGUCUUCACUAUCGAUUACUAGUACAAAAGAGCGCGAGCUCGUUCGUCGAGCGAAUUGUAGUGUGCGAACUGUAGUUGAAAUCCGUAUUGAUGCUGAAUUUGUAAUACGUUUGUCAGAGUGCGCAGAUUAGCGUUGAUCCUGAAUUCCGAUCCCGUUUUACCUAAACUGCUAACUCUGACAGACGUUCCACUAUCUUACGUCUAUAUAUAGAAUUAUUAUUCCUCGAAUACCCGACACUCAGUAUGUAAGCAGUUCAAUGGUAGAUAAGAUACAUUCAAAAUAAAAUAUAAAGUAUCCUAAGCAGCGGAGAGAUUUGUUAAUGCCCGAAUUACGAAUGCCGGAAUAUACAAAUUAGAAGAGAGAGGUGUCAUUCUUUCAAUGAAGGACCGUUUAUCGUUGUAACAAUAGAAUAGGUAGUUUAAUGUGAGUUAGUUACAAAGAACAGGGAAAUAUUCUAUUAUUAUUUAAAUGUUGCAGUAAUAUAUUCUAACAUUCGUUGCACAAAGAUUAUAUAUUCAUCGAUAGUUUCUCAUUAUUUAUCAAAGAAUUCAAUGAUAUUUAAAAAAAAAUGCUGAUAAUAGUGAUCUACUACUUUACAGGCCAUAGUACAUAAAAUGAGCCUCGAUAAUGAACAUGAGGUCGGCAAUGUGCGAUUGUAAUUAAUUUGCUUAUUGCUCUAAUUUUACGCUUAUGGCUUUUAUGUAUUAUGGUCUUGAAACUCAACAAUGCUGUUUAUAAAGCAAAAUUUUUAACUCUCUCUUUCUCUUUCUAGCCCAUAUUUAUUCUAACUGAAUCAAGUUUUCUAUUGAGAUAAAAGAAAACUUGUUUUCUAUAUUGUUUUCAUUAUUAUAUCUGAUUAAUAACAUAUUGUAUAAGUGAUAGCGUACAAUAUAGAAUCGUAGACAAUGUACAGAUGUCUAAAUUAUUGAUAAAUAUAUAGCUCACAUAUUA